UUAUCAACGUAAAGGCUAAAACCUCGGUUAGGACAACAGUGCAACACAUCACAAGUUCGUUGGUGAUCCUCGUCCUGAGGAAUGAAUAGUGUGCUUUAGCUCACUCAACGUUAUUAACAACCAACUUUUGACUCAGAUGAGUGAUGGGCAGCACCAGUGCAGUGAUGGGGUAACUUAAUGUGUUCAAGAUAUUUUGCUCGAAGACAUUGAGGUCAGUAAUGAAGCUGAGGAACAUUGAAGCAUUUAAUAUUGGAACAGUGAUUCUGAACUAUUGAAGCGGAAGAAGACGCCCUCACAAAGUGUACCGAAACAUACCUUGAUCCUUGAACAAAAAAUGUGCUGUACUGUGUAUGGUUAUGUACAGUACAAUUCACUAUGAAAAUAAUAAAAAAAAAAAAAUCGGUGUUUAAUAAGAUUGUCAGUCAUUGAGGAGUUUUCCAUGAUGUGACCACCACUGUGUGUAUAGAAUGACAUUACUAACUAAGAACAUUUAACAAGGACUUGAAACAUUCAUUAUAUUUCAAAAAAUGAAUGUUAAUGAUAGUAAAUGUCUUGAUUCAGAACACAAAGACAGUUGUGUAAAAGAAAAAGAUGACACUUUAUGCCUUGAUUCAGAAAACAAAGACAGUUGUGUAAAAGAAAAAGAUAACACUGUAUGUCUUGAUUCAGAAAACAAAGACAGUUGUGUAAAAGAAAAAGAUAACACUGUAUGCCUUGAUUCAGAAAACAAAGACAGUUGUGUAAAAGAAAAAGAUAACACUGUAUGCCUUGAUUCAGAAAACAAAGGCAGUUGUGUAAAAGAAAAAGAUAACAACACUGUAUUUCUUGAUUCAGAAAACAAAGACAGUUGUGUAAAAGAAAAAGAUAACAACACUGUAUUUCUUGAUUCAGAAAACAAAGGCAGUUGUGUAAAAGAAAAAGAUAACAACACUGUAUUUCUUGAUUCAGAAAACAAAGGCAGUUGUGUAAAAGAAAAAGAUGACAAAGUUUCUUGUGUUGAUUUAGAAGGAGAGAAGGGAGGGAGUGUAAAAGAAGAGGAAAAGGGUGAUGGUGGUGAUGGAAGUCCCGAGGUACUUAAGAGAGACAAGCCAGCAGACACAGACACUGGGGUUGAAGAUGGGGGUGAUGUUGGAAGUGAACAUGGAUCCUUCAAUAUGGAAGACUUUGAGGUAUUAGAUGAACUGGAAGAUGAAAAUGAGUCCGCGUCAUGCUGUAGGCGCUCGUCAUCUUCCUCUGGCAGAAGAAAGGAGAAGGGGAGUACAACAACAAAGACUACAGAUGGAAGAUUCAAGAACACAGGAGGUGGUAGUAAAUAUGACAGGCACAAGGAUAAAAGAGACAGAUCUUGCAGUCAUAUGUCUUCUUCGGGAUCAUAUGGUAGAGAAGAGAAAUCAAAUAGCAACUCCUCCAGAAGGUAUAAGAGGGAUGACUCAAGAGACAAGUCAAAGAGAAUGCAUAAGGGGAAGAGUCAUUCAGAGAGGUCAGAUGACAAGCAAGAAGGAUCCAAAGCUUUACCAGAUGACUCCACAAGAACCACAUCAAAUAAGAAAUAUUUCAGCCACCGGUCAGACAGAAAAAGAAAUCAGUGUGAGUCGGAUAAUAAGAGGAGUGGAAGUAAGCGAUUGUGUGUUACGGGAGAGGAACAUAAUCAUAGAAAAAGAGAGUCCAGGAGACCAACUGAUAGACAGACACAUUCAAAGACUUCUGAUGAGAGGAAGAAAGAUAUCCAUAAUGAGCAUAAAUCCUCCAAGGUAGAACAUGACCGACAUAGUAGGUCAUGUAAGAAGACGAGUGGUGAUCUGAGUGUAACAAAAAGAACUCAUACUUUGGAGAAUAAAAAGAAAAUUGAUAACAAAAAGGAGAAUACCGGAAACACAAAAAAAGAACCACCUAUCUGUGAGAAAGACGGUACCAAGUGUCCAGCCAGUGACUGUACUAGUUUGGCUAUUACCAGUAGUGAGACAGCCAGUUCUAACUGUGAGGUGGCAACUACCAGCUCUUGGAUAACAAGUGAUUGCUGUAAUACAACUGCUACCAAUGGUGAAGUAUCUAGUGCAGGCAAUAAUACAAACAGAGUCAGUAAUGAGACCGGCAAAACCAGCCGUGAGUCAACCAUCAACCCUAGUGUAACAGCCAGUCACCCCUCGGAGAUAAACGAUAGUAAAAAUGGUUUAGGUGAUGUAUAUGGACAAAUAAUAGUAAAAACUGAUGUGAUAACAAAGUGUGAGGACAAGAACACCGUGAUAAAAGAGGAUGAAACCGCAAGUGUACAAGUAGAAGAACAAUGUGCACAAGGUGAGAGUCCUGCUGAUGUUGAGCUGAAGCAUUCUGAUGAUAGUAAAGAAAGUGAUCCUGAGUUCAAGCUGAAGAAUAAUGAGUCUAAACAGGAAGAUAACAAGUCAGAGCAAUCGAUAAAGGCUUCGGAACAAGAUCUUGUCAAGGCUGACCAAGCUACUGAGACUCUGGAACAAGAAGAUCAUAAGUUGGAGGAGGCUUCCAAGGUUUCUAAGCCAGAAAAUUCCAAAUUGGAACAGGCAUCAAUAGACAAGAAACAGGAAGAUGAUAAACCCUGGAAGGAUGCCAUACAUUCAGAAGAUGAGACUACCACAUGUCAACUGCUAAGUCAGUCUUGUAAACAGGAAAGACGGGGAAACAAUAAGUCUAAUGAGGAAGCUCUUGAAUGUGAACUGGAUAAUAAUGAUUGUAAUAUGGAAGGCUUUGAGUGUGAUGAGCAUGGAGGAAAGAAGGGUAGAGAAGACACCAAAGAAGAUGCUAAAAAACAAGGUGUGGAUUGUGAAGAUGCUUCACAUACCAAGCAUGAAGCUGAGACUCUUAAAGAAGAUGUUAUAAUAAAAGAGGAAACUGAGGAAGAGAUCGUUCAAAAUAAAAAAGGAGUUGAAACUUUAGAACAAGAAGAUGCCAAGAGCCAGAUGGAAAUUGUGGACUCUCAGUUGGAGAAAGACAAGUCUAAGAAGGAUGAUAAACAAGAGGACAUUAAGAAUCGGCAGAGAAAUGAAGCCAAGUUUAAGGAAAAGAAAAUAGAAGUAAAGAAUGAGACAUCUACAGAUUCAGAGAGCAAAGGAAAUGAGAUGAAAGAUCAGAUAUGCAUGUAUGUAAGCAACAUAAGAAAAGAGGUUGAUGCAAAAGAGAAGUUAAGGGCUGCUAUCAGCGACAGAGUCUGGAGAACGGAAAUUGGCAGGCCGAGCUUCUACAGGUACUGCAAGGUGUUUAUAAUUGGAGAUUCCCGCAUCAAAUACCUGGAAUACUCUGGAAUUAAGAACAGCUUUAACAAUCUGGAAAUCAUAUGUGUGCCAAACUUGACCAUUGAUAAACUUUGGGAGGUUGUUAAAAUUAAUAUUUGUUGUGAUCAGAAAUAUUACCAUGGAGGAGUACUGCUGAUUUGUAGUGUUGGAAUCUAUGACAUUCUCGAAUUUAGUACUAAUAUGUCCUGCCGACUAAUGAAAGACCACGAGCCCAUGCAGCAGAUUUCCUUUAUAAAAUCACAAAUAGAGACAAAUUUUGUUCCUACACUGAUGAGCAUGAGGGAGAAGUUACUAAAUCAUUUGGGUAAGCGAUCUGAGAUGUUCUUUACCAGCAUUCUUCCAGUUAGUGUUUCAAAGUUUAAUUUAUGCCAAGUGAAUGAGCACCAUAAUGCUACAGGACAUAGACCAGAGAUACAGUUAGACUUGUAUCGCUUGCGACAAUUGGUUAAUAAUAUGAUAAAUAAUAUAAAUGGAAAAGUGACAAGAUUCAAUAGAAGCAAUGGGAAAAAAAUUCAUUGGGAUCUCCUUCCAUUUGCAUCUCGUUCGCUGAUUCUGAACAAUGCUUUUGCUGAAAAAUAUCUGGAGGAUGGUGUUAACCCUUCAGUUGAGGUUGUACAAUCCCACAUGGUCCCCAUGUUGGAAUAUAACAUUAAACGGGAAUAUAUGAAUAGAUACCAGGAGGUUGUGUUAAUAGGUGACUCUAGAUUACAGGAAGUGGACAAAGUAUGGCCUAAGGAAGGAGGAGAGAGGGUUACCAUAUAUAUCCAGUCCCAUUUGUGCUUCCAAACUCUCACCGAAGAAAAUCCCAUUGUGAAACAAUUGCAAGGCAUGACAAAUAAACUUAUUGUUCUUAGUUUAGGUAUUUAUGAUUUAAUAAACUUUGUAGUUUGUGAUGGACAGCAUACUCAUAAGAAAAAGUGGGAAAUUCCCUUUUUGAAUAUAGAGAACUUGGACUCUUGCAAUGAAGUAUUGCACAAAUUUGUAAAGGCAUUGGAGCAAGUGGACCAGCUGCUGCGCAGGGUAACUGUAAAUUGUGAUGUAAUUAUCACCACCAUAUAUCCAUUUGAUUAUAUAAAGUUCCAAAAUUACAUGAUCCACAAGCAUGCUGAGGACACUGGACAUGUUGUGGAUAAUCCUCCACCAUCUGAAGAUGUACAUCACAAGUUAAAGAAGAUUGCGGACUUUAUAACAGAAAUAAAUAAAAUUGCGACAAAGGUUGCCGGACAAAAAGGAUUGCCUCAUUGGCAUUUGCACUCUGUGGUUGAUAGUUCUUUGAAAAUUAAAUCGACAGAUGAAGUAAUGUUUGAUGGCUUGCAUCCAUCUCCAUAUGUUGCAAAAAAAAUAGCUGAAGCUUUUGCACGGUGGGCCAAGGCUUCUCUUUAUCCUCGUGGUCUCAAGUCUGUUCCUAAGGAUAUGAAUCGUAUUAAUGACCUUAAGAAGGAGACGUUGCUCUCAGAGUGUAGCAUAACAAGUCUUCUGAAGAGUUUUCACUUUACUAUUUAUGGUAAUACUACAAAUGAUGAUCCAAGUGAAAAGAAGAGUGUUGAUAAUAAGAAAGAUAAUGAACGUACAGAAAUCAUCACUGGUGUUAAUACAUCUACAUCAAGACUCGAUCGGAGAAAGGUUAGGAAAGCAGACAUUUCUUAUAAAAGUUUUUCUCCAGUCAGAAAUAGCUACCAGAGGAGUGCAUCAUCAUCUUCAGAAUACAGUAACAGUGAACAAGGCAGUAUAAAUAGAAGAUAUUCAACUGGAAAUUACAGAACUGUGAGGUACGGCAGUCCUGAUAUAAGUCCUUCCAGGCAUUUUAGUCCAGCUGAGAGAAGCAAUCAGGAAAGAAUUUAUAAUUUGGAUGGAAAUGAGAGUCCUUACAGGAAAGUUGGUGUAAGGAGAAUGUACAGCCCAAAGAGGAAGUAUAGUCCUGAGAGUUACAACAGUCCAGUCAGAUGCCACAAAAGAGGGAGACUUGGUUCAGAAACAAAAUAUCACUCUGGCAGAAAUAAUUUUAGCCCAAUAAGAAGUCUUAGUCCAAUAAAAAGUAUUAGCCCAUUAAGAAGUUUAAGCUCAAUAAGUCUCAGUCCACUAAGAAGUUUAAGUCCUACAAGAAGUUUGAGUCCUACAAGAAGUUUGAGUCCUACAAGAAGUUUGAGUCCUGCAAGAAGUUGGAGUCCUGCAAGAAGUUGGAGUCCUGCAAGAAGUUGGAGUCCUGCACGAAAUUUGAGUCCUGCAAGAAGUUUGAGUCCUACAAGAAAUUUGAGUCCUGCAAGAAGUUGGAGGGGAAGAAGAUAUUGCUCGCCUAACAGAAAUUAUCUGGACAGUAAAGACACAUGGCAACGUAGUCCAAGAAGAAGUAGAAGCCCAGUGAGACGCUUUGGACGUGAUAGGUUAGACUGGCAAGAUAAUUCAAGGAGUUGGGCCAGCAGUGACCGUGUGAGCCGGGGGAGAGAAUACAGUCCAAGGAGAUGGCGGGAUAGAACCCCCCCUGCAUCUUCUUCACAUUGGAGAAGAUCACUAUCACGCUCUCAAUCACCUAAAAGACGAAGACCUUCUGGCGACUCCAAGGAUUCUGUUACUAUGCGUGCAUUGCAGUCCCUCCGUGAUGUUCACAACCGUGAGUGUGACAUGUAUCGACAGAACCCAACUGCUCAUCCUGAUUAUGGUAAAGAGUAUCGAGCUUUUAUUGAAAAGAAAGCCCAAAAUAUUCUCUCUCUUGGUGGUGACCCAAACACAUAUGACAUGAAGAAUGACUGGGAGUUGUUUUGGCCUUCUCGUUUGGAAGCUUUGUUUAAUGAAUGUUGGGCAGAGAAGAGGAACCAGUGUAUUUCUAUGUUACAUGUUAAUAAGGUUUUCUCUCAUUCGCCUUCUCCCUCGUCCAUAUCCAGUGACCCCUCAUCUUCGAGUAGAUCACAAGACAAAAGAAACUUUCAUAAAAGGACAAUUAGACACUCUAAAUCAUUUAGUCCUGAUAGAAAGAGAAGACAUGGGAAAAGGAGCGAGAAAAAUAGAAGCUCCAGGAGAGUAAGAAGUAAGAGUAGAAAUUCCAGGAGAAGUAAGAGUAGGGAUUCUAGGAGAAGUAUAAGUAGGGAUUCUAGGAGUCCAUAUGUACAUGAAGGAACAGGAAGGCGAGACAAAAGGGAUACCAUUCAGAAAGGCCACAGGUGGAUGCCAGUCACAGAUGAUGAAUACAGAGAAGCAGCACAGUCAGAAAGUAAGAGACAACAGGAAGAUCAUUUACACAUUGGACAGAGAAGUCCUUUUUCCAACCAGAGAUCAGAGAGCAGGAUAGAUGCUGGAACAGGUAUUGGUAUGAAGAAUAUGGAGGGAAUUAUUAAUGAAGUUUUACAGACUGUUGUUCAACAUGUGAAUUCAGCAGGUGUACCUAUGGCUAAUCCAGGGACAUCUUAUUCAAAACACAGUUCCUGGCACAUUGAUACAGGGGUUAAAAAUAUUGCUGAAAAGAGGAAUGAGGCUAUGAAUUAUGGUAGUUUAUAUGCACCUGAUGCUCACUUAUCAGAAACAAUGCCUUUUAUAUUGAAUGAUUCAGCUAGGAAAUAUUAUGAUACUAAUAUAGUAUCUAAAAGUAAACAGCACUCAGAAGAGGAGGUCUCGUCCACAACUCCUGAAGAAACGGCUAAAGUUGAUGUCAUUGAUGUUUUAGAAAUAUUGACUCGUUUAGGUGAGAGAUUGGGUACAUUAUUAAAACCAAUCGAAUUACUCCAUAAAAAGGCAAUGGACUUAAAAUCUAAUGGUAUAGAUACAAUGAGCAUUUUUGAUGAAAUUGAUAACAAAAUUCUAUUACAUAUGACAGGAGACAAAUUAAGAAAUGCAUUGAAAGGAGAUAAUUUGAAUGUCAUCCAGAAACUCAUCUUACAGGGAGCUGAGCAGAGGCUAAGCGUCUUACUUGAAAAGGAGAAGGAUCGUUCUCUACUGUUUGAUCUGAACAUUGACAGCAUAGCUAGUGCAUGUCUGGGAAAAAGUGCAGCUGAGACUACAACUUUUGUUGAGAAUGCAUUGUUAUAUCAUGGUCACACUGAAGUUCCUAAAGAUCAGCUUCUGAAGAUACACAUGGCUGUUAAAACACAGCAGAUGAAACUACUGGAUAUUGGAAAGAGACCUAAGAGUGUAGAAGGUGGUGUUAGUCAUUCAUUACAACUCCCUGUAAACUCUACACAUCAAAUCCACCAGAAUGUAGUACCAUCAUCACAGCAUUCAGGCUUUGCUUCAUUCUUAUCUGUGGCACCACGCUGUCCAGGAUCAGCUCCAUAUUCUCCCUCGCAUAUAAGUGAUUCACCGCCAUAUCAUACUGCAUCUCGACAACAAGUUACACAUCGCUAUAGCCUGCCUAUACCUCAGCCUGUCCCACCACCUGUCAUGCCAACUGUUAACCCAUCACAUCCAUCAGCACAUAGUGGAAGUGAAGUUGGAAUGAAAGAAAAAAUGUCAAUGACAGAUUUUCUUGCUUCCUUAUCAAAAUCAACUUCAAGUGACUCGGGUUCUUCGGGAGAGAAGAUGUCGCUGACUCCUGAUACAAGUUCCACGGUCUUAAGUACUUCUUAUCCUUAUCCUCUUCAAAAAGAAUGUUAUGUCACACCUUCAGGAUAUAAUUUUCAGGGUCAUUCUCAGACAGUGGCACAAUCUGUCAACCAGGGUUCAUCUCAAUAUGCUCAACAAAACCUGCAAUCCUAUCAUUCAGCUUCAAAAGCAUCUACAAAGACACCAAUUAAAAUUACUCUCCCCAAAGUUUGAGGACAGAAUAGUUGAAAUUAGAAAUUACAAUCCCUUAAAUGAGAAGUAUCAAAGUGAAGAAUCUUAAUAAUAAUAUUUUAGCAAGACCUUAUGUUAGCUGUAGUAAAGUAUGUCGGCAAUUCAUUUGUGAACUUGCUUGUGCACGUGAAUUGGGCAAUACAAGUGUGUUGUGUCUAUUCACUAAGGAUUGUAUUAACUACUUUUUUGUUGUAUAAAGACAUACCCAUGUGAUACAAAUGCAACUGCUUUACUAUUAAUCUCAGUCCGGGGUAAAAAUGGAAAAUUUGUGCACAAGUGACACAUUACUUAACAUCUGGUUGUAAAUUUGUCAUUGGGGACAUUUGUUGGCGUCAAUUUCCAUUCAAUUGAAAACAACUCUCACAUGAGAUAUUUUCCCAGUCAUCACUUCCCUCAUUCCUACUAGUCUAUAAUGUUUCCAUUUCUCUGUACAGCUCAGUAUAUAUAUUUUUUGUAUACUGUAUAUCUUAAGGCAUCUUGCAGUUGUAUAUAUGUACAGGGUACUACUUAUCCUUCAAUUAUACCAACUCAUCAUGACACACCUCUCAUUCUGUAUAGUUCUUGAAGGUCACACACACACACACAUACACAUUGCCUGAUCUCCCAUUUGGUCAGACAACCUAAAGUUUGUAUUAUGUAUUUGGGAAUUUAAUUGUAAACAUUUAAUUCAGAAAAAUUUGACCAUUGAAAUGUUGCAAUUUUAACCAUUCAUUUGCAUGGUAGAAUUAGUACAAGCAGUUAUUAAGUAGAACUGGUUUUAGACCUAAAUCAAGUUGAUGUGAUUACAGCUUCAAAUUUAAAAGAACUGAAUAAAUAUUAUUUUUAAUACGCAGAAUCAUGUAAUGAUAUUCAUGUCCAUUUGGUCAGAUGUGGUGGUUACUGAACAUUGUCUUACUAGAAGGUGUUACAACAAGUGUACUGUAGAUUACUUUUAAACGUAACUUUGUUUAUAUUUUUGAUGCAUUCAGCAAUAGUGGCUGUCAUACCUAACAGUCCAUCAAGCUCUGAGAACAUACUGGAGUGUAUGUUCAAUGUUUCUUGCCUUAAAAGUUAUUUAAACAUGUACACUUGCCUCUGGAGUUGUAGAUCUUACUAUUGUAGAUUCCUGACUGAAUACUGGCCUAAAGGUGGAUUAAUUUGUAAUUAUUUUUUCAUUUGAUAAUCAAGGACAUUAACCAGUAUUGUCUCUGAAAAAAAUUAAAUCAUGUGGAUAUUUAGGGAUCGACUAAGUUGGCAAUUCCUUAUUGGUAGUGUAACUGUGUAAUUGUUUAAAAUGCCACAAACAUUCUUGUUACUUUACAGUAUAGUAGUCUAUUUCAUUUUCCCAACAUUAAUUUUUUUUCAUAUUCUUACAACUCUUUUCCAAUGAUACAAGGUGGCUAGCUUUAAGAGCAAAUUCUGUCAGUCAUUUAUUUGUACUGUACUGUCUUUAAAUACAGGUAUUUGUGUUCAGCUGUAACACAAUCUUCCCCUUACACAUGGCUUUCAGUGUCUUACCUAAUAUAUGUCUGCCCUUCUCCAUCUCUGAAAAUUAAUCAAGUGUCGUGGUCUCUGGUCACCAACCACAGGCUACUCAAGCUUUCUUCCAUGUCGUUCCUUCUCACGGUUUUUUCCUUUCUCAUUCUAUGCUCUUCUGAAUCAUUGAGAAUAAUAAUAUUACCUUGUAAUAUGUUUUAAAGAAUGAUAGACUGUAAAUAUAAAAUUCCUCAAAUAAAAAGGAGUUUGAGCUAUUUAUAGUAAACAUGUGAGGCACUUUGGCUGAGGACAAAACAAGUGACUAAUCAGUUAUGGGAUGUGCUUGUUAGAAAAUUGCAAAGGUUUACCUACAUUCUGAAUUUUUUAAUUUUAUUUUACUUUUGUUGCUUGUCUGCUUCUUACCCAGAGUGCCUCAUGUAUCCAGGCUUGGAAUUUCAAGGCAGCUCUGGUCAUCAGUGCCCUCUGACUCACCAUAAUGCCCUUAACUAAAACACCCUAUUUACAGCCAUUCUACUUUACCCAUUUUCUAUUGUGUUCGUGGAGCAGCUGAGGCCUUUUUCAUGAAUUGCCAGGACAAUAUAGCAUCAAAUGUCUUAAGUAUGAAAUAGUGUAUACUGACAGUCACAGAAGUCAUAAAUGUUAUCAGCACAGUAUCAUACUUCUUCAGGACUUAUUAACAUGUUCUUAUUCAUAGUUAAAGGUUGACAUUAUUUUUAGUAUUUUGUAAUUUUAUAUUCUUUUAUAUAUAUACUUUUUUUAAUAAUGAACAUGUUAAAUAAUGUACAGUACAGUAUCUUGGGAAAUGAAGGCAUUGUAUGAGGCUUUAACCUGUUAUUUAAUAAGAAUAGGCAUAGGCAUUACUCAAACUGCCCUUCUAUGCUGUACAGUAUAUUAUUACCAUGCAGUCAGAUAACUUCUUACACACCUCUUCAUCGUCCUAAAAUCUGUUACUGGAUACUGUUGCAUGAAGUCCUUUCUUCAAAAAAAAAUUCAUACUCCACUCAAUGGUGGUUUUCUCGGAGUUCAAACACUUUGAUCUGUAAAAGAUAUUAAUUUGAUCCAGUUUAUUGUGUUUUUUUUUUUUUUUUUACCCUGUAUAGAUUUUUAUGUAUUUACGGGUAUAUUUGUAAAAAGAAAUUACUAUGUGGUACAUAACCUGCUCUUAGUGAAAAUUUUGUACAUUUAAUUUUUUCCUUUCUCGAUCUCUCUUGGAGUAAAGUAAAUUUAAUUUUUUUUUUAGUUUCACUUAUUGUAUAUUAAAAACUGACAAAUCUGUCCAGUGAAGCUUUCAGAUAUUGUUCAUGUACUGCAUCCAUAUCUGAAACUUACCACAAUACCUUACACACAAAUUACCCACCAAUUCUUCCACUUUGCCAAUUAGAAGUCUUUUUCAUUUUUUAAUCACUCCUAAAACAGGGCCUCGUGUAUGCACAUCACUAACUAUUUCUACUACAGUAAUAUUCUUUUGCAAUAUUUUCCCUGGAAUUCGUCUGCCCAAAGAAUGUCUUUCUUGUGUGACUGACUGACAGGUUGAGUCAGUGUAUGCUGGCUUACAUAUCUUGUUCUUUAUCACCUUUAUUUAUUUGUAAACAAUUUUGUUAUAUUUUUUUGGAGAUUGAUGCUUAUCACUGGGUAGUUUUGUAAACAGUGUUGGUUUUAGGACAGUAGUCUGCACUCUGAUCUGGUGGCUGGAAGCUGAUCUUUUGAUUGUCCAUCCUUCCUCUUUGCAACUAUCUUCUUUAAAAGGAAAAGUUUGCCCUCUAGAGGCAGGAGGGCAAAGGACAUGAAGCUAGAAAAGAUGGACAGAUCCAGAUAUAUUUUUUCCUGGUAGAACCCACAGCCUAAAAUCUCCAGCACCAUCCCUCCUUCCUGGUGUUUUUCAGGAUAGCAGUCAUAGUUGGUAUAUGUGUACAGUACUGUACUGGCUAGUAGACAUGACUGUCUCUUAGACAUCCUGCCACAUAAAGGGCACAGUUACGUUGCGGAAGGAUGAGUGAUUAUAAAAUCAGCCCUGAGCUUGCACUGAGGAUGUGGUCCACAGUCAAGAACCAGACCCCUAGACUGGUUUAUGCAUAAACAGGAAUCACCAGACUACAGGGUUAACUAGAAGACUGGAUAUUAGGAUCUAUCAUCCAUUUAUACAGUUAGCUAUGUAAGUGUCCUGAUUUUUGCAUAAGGUGAUUUGUGGUUGCAUUUGUUUAUACCAGUAAUAGUGUGAUGUGUUUGUUGGCUAGCAGUUGGAAGUACAUGAUAAAAGACGUACAAUAUAGAGCUUAUGAUGCACCAUGUUGUAUGUAGGUGCCAAUAUGUCAGAUGUUCUCAUAAUGUCUUAUGAAUCAGUGAAUUGCUUGUCAUUCCACAACUUUAAAAAGUGAGUACAGUGCAGCACACAAUUUUAAGUAUGCCCUCCUAUCCACAUGUAAAAAUUUAUUCUUUAUUUAUUUAUUUCCUAUAUGUACUUGCCGUACUUUCUGUGAGUAAACCUGUAAAGUAAUAGUUGAUCCAGCUUGUGUAAAACUCAUUUUCGAUUUUGAUACAAUGUAUUAUGACCUGUGCAUCAUAUAAUUGUGGGACAUUGGAUUAUAUCAGUGAAAUUAAUUUAUACGGACUUGUUUCACUUACCACAUUUAUACUGUAGAUAAUUAUUUUUUCUUUGAAGACAUUUUAUUUAUUUUUUUUUUUUUAAAUAUAAUGAAUGUAUAUUAAGUUAAUAUUACUAUAUCAGGGGCAUAAUACUUUUGUACCUACUGACCAGUUGGCCAUUGUUUUUAGUGAGUUAGUGCAAGUGUUGGUUUAACUAAACUUUUCUGCUGUACAGGUAUAAAUUGUAUUUGGGAAGACAUGUUAUUUUUAUUGUAAUUUGUGUUGCAUUAUUAAAUUUUUUGGGUAAAGAUUGUACAUAAACCACUGUGUGUUGUGUUCAGUAGAGGUAGCUGCACACACACGGAGAAAAGCAAGAACACAAUGAAUUUUUUAUUUUGUUUUGCAAUAAAAGUUGACAUAGUAACUGAAGAACUAUAAUAAGGGUGGAGCUGGUCUGUAGAUUUUGAUGUGAUGUGUAUCCUUAGGGCCAAGAAAGAUGAGUGUGUGAGUUACAAUUGAGUGCUCAUAGUAGUGAGUUACAAAUGAAUACUCAUGGUAGUGAGUUACAGCUGAGUGCUCAUGGUACAAAUUAAUCAUCUUAAAGAACCAAAGUUAUACAUGUAAAUAUAGUUGUUAGAAACAAAUAAAUAACUGUUUUAAAGA